AUGGUUAUUGGGUGGGGAAUGGUGGUGAAGCAUGUGGGUGAAGAGCAGGAGGCUGGUGCGGGGUUGACGGAGGUUCAAGUAGGCUCUGAUGAGAGUGUUGUAGAGCAGAGUAUUAAUCCAUUGAUCGGCAAUAUGGAAGUAGCCAUUGGUGGUGUCUCUGUGAGACGUCGUCGGAUUCUUGAAACGAGAAAGACAAGAAAAAGGCGCCGAUUUUUCGGUGAGCUCGUGCUGGUCUUCAGGAUCCGCACUCUCAUAUAUCUGUACCUUGGCCUUUUGGUGAUAAUCAGUGAUUCCUUGAAGAGAGUGAUUGAAGAGGAGACAAAGAGAGAGAUUACCAACGGGAACUUGUCACAGAAGCACAUUUUUAUCUGCAAAUUUAGUGGCAUUUUAUGUAAAACAGCUCCUCCGUCUAAGAAUUUCUCCAUGCUUCCGUACUUGGACGGAGGCAUGGAGAAAUUCCUCAGUCCAAGGAAUUUUACCAUGUGGACGGAGGAAUUUGUCCAUGCCUCCGUACUUGGAUCGAAGCAUGGAGAAAUUCCUCUGUUAACUAGACAUAAUCAUUAUCAGCCACAAAUAAGAAUAGAAGAAGCCUGGAUGGCAUGA